CCAAAGGAACAAAUCGUAGCCGUCGAUUAGAGACAAUAAAGAGCCGUCAUAAGGCUUGUAUCAUUCUCUCUUGACCGUUCGUGGAAGUUAUGUGAGAGAAAGAAAAAACCCAGAGAGAAGAGAGAGAGACCCACAACACAAACACAAAGUAGACGAAGACGACGACGACGAAUCAGCUCUCUUCUCUUCUCCUCUCCUAUCCUCUCUCUCUCAGCAUCUUCUGCUGGUUUGGUCUUUCAAGAAGGUCCCGUUGCACCUAAAUGUGCUUGAUCCAAGGUCGUUAUAAUUCUGUAUACAGAGCCAAUGCCAUAUAUAGAAAUGAAGAGCAAGAUAAGCAAGGUUCUUGGUGUCUGUAAGAAACAUAAAGCAACUACAAGAAAUUCUUGCUCUUUGUCCAAAAUAUCAGGGGACUUGGAAAGCAUGACCGCAGCUAUUACUCAUGCUUGUGACGGCGAUGAGAAACAGCAUCCUGGGCUGGAUACUUUUACUCGGGAUACUGAAACCAAUGAGCCUGCUGAAAUGCUUGUUGACGACACUUCUCAGUCUCAAGGGUUUGCAUCUUCAGUCGAUGGUUCUGAAUCUGUCGAAAAAAUGGAAAAUGCUUGCAAUUACAUGUCGAACUCAGAUACAAUAUUUUCACCUGUUCUGAAUGAUGAACUGAAUGGAACUGAUCGAGUAUUUUCAGCAGGAAACUCUGUGCACUGGGAAACCCCUAGGUGGGGAGCCGACGAGAGCAGCAACAAGAUUUACUUUGACAACCAAACGUGCAAUGUUUCUGAUUUCUAUAUUUCCGAUGUUCUUAUUGCGAGCUUGCCGUUUGAUGAGAGUGGAAACAAUGAUGCUUUCACUGAAAUAAGCCCCUUACCUCAUUACAUCUUUCCUGAACAGUACAUGGUACUACCUUACUUAGAAGAUGGAUCAGCCAACACAGAUGAUAUUAAAUCAGACGUUGGCAAGAUUAAUCUCGAUAACCAUGACUUGUUUCUGGCAUUCAACCGGACAAGAUCGCCCAAUAUGGAACCAGAGGAUCAUGCUGAAUCUGAACUAGCUGAAGACUUUGAUCCUCAGCUUUUUAUAAAAAACCAGCCAGAAUUGUCGGAUGUUGUAUCCAAUUAUUGGCCUCGGGAUACCCUAAGAAAGAAGUCUGUGACCCUUGUCCUUGAUUUGGAUGAAACUUUGGUCCAUUCGACUCUGGAAUCGUGUAAUGUUGCAGAUUUUUCCUUCAGAGUCUUUUUCAACAUGCAAGAAAACACGGUCUAUGUGAAACAAAGGCCACACCUUUACAGGUUCUUGGAGAGGGUGGGAGAAUUGUUUCAUGUCGUCAUCUUCACAGCAAGCCACAACAUCUAUGCUUCGCAACUUCUAGAUAUAUUGGACCCAGAGGGAAAGUUCAUAUCACAGCGUUUUUAUCGUGAUUCCUGCAUUCUUUUGGAUGGAAUUUACACCAAGGAUUUAACUGUACUGGGUCUUGAUCUGGCCAAAGUGGCUAUAAUUGACAACUGUCCGCAGGUGUACAGAUUGCAAAUAAAUAAUGGGAUCCCUAUCAAAAGUUGGUAUGAUGAUCCAACUGAUGAUGGUUUGAUUUCUAUACUUCCCUUCUUAGAGACUUUGGCUGUUGCUGAUGAUGUUCGGCCUAUCAUUGGCAGGAGAUUUGGUAACAAGGAAUAAGAGCUUCCUUCUCUUUUUCUCUAUAUACAUCGAGUGCAGAUUCUGAUAUCUUUCCUUUUGAUUUUAGUCAUAAAUUGGCCCUUAAUUAGUUCCUCAUAUCUCUUUUUAGGUCGUUAAUUAGGUAACCAAAGAAUAAGCUCGUUGAGUCUAGUGAUAUUAAGUUUCCUUGCUUGCUCGCUUUUUUAAUAGAAGACCUAGUUGUGGGCUUAAAUCUUAUGAUUUUGUUGGUUCUCUUCUGCCAAGAUAGAUCCUAGAAAAUCUUGCAGUUUGUUACAAAUGUACAGUUGGUUAAGCUGAGAUAAUGGAUGUGUACAAAUGAGUUACUAUUGCGUGAAAUCAUUUUGGAAGUUAAUACCAGCGGCGUUCAUGGUCUCUUUAUUUGGAUUCCUCUUCUACUGUUAGUUGAGCUUGAAAUUCUUACUUGGACUGGUAAAUCCAGAACGUUUUUACCUGCGUCUAUGCCAGUCAUAUAAAUACAGAAAUAUAAUCAAAUAAUGCAGAAGUUUAUUGAAUCUUCUAUCAGCUUCUAUUGUUUAUUUUUAAGGUUCUGAGCAAAGUUAUCCCACGUUUUCCGUCUCUUGGCUUUGCAAGAUUCAGAUGAGAUAUCAUACUUCGAGUUCGAGGUUGGAGGAAUUCUGAAUAUGCGAUGAUCGAGUCAAGCUCAUGGUAUAUAUAUAUAGUCCAUAAUACUCAUUAAAAUUUUCAUGAUUUUUGCAUGCCUUAUGUGCAGAUAUCAUCCAAAGAAGUAACAAACCUUAACUAUAUUUAUACGCUUUAUGGAAAAUGACAACAGUAGGUAAGUUUUAAAUCCAUUUUUACUUCUCGUUUUUUUGGUCUAACAAGCUUCUUCUGCUUCUUGUUUCUUAUCUCCUUCCUCUUGAACCUUGUAAUCUUUAUACUGAAAGCUGUUUCACAAUCUUGUUACUUAUAGUUUGGUCCCAAACCUGUCUAUGUCCCUCUGUUUCUGUCCCUUGUUUCAUGUAGAGUAAAAAAUGGUUAUUGUCUUAAUAUCAUACACGUUUUAGUGAAAGAUGAUUGUUUAAAAUGUA